AAAUGUCAUUUUCUUAGUUCACAAUUUGUAAACAUUCUGUGUUGAUGAAAAUAAAAUUUGUUUGUGCAUCUAAAUAUUAAUGCUUUCUAUUUUAUAACAUUGUGCAAUAAUAUACUUACAUAAGAAGUUAAUCCGUGUUAAAAUAUUAUUCCAAUAACCCAAAAUGAUUCGAAGACCAGCGUUGUUGUGUCAAGUUAGGCAAGCACACAAAAUGCCCAGUUGGAACAAGAAUCCACAUCUGGACAAGAUAAUCCGAGUGGACCACGCGGGCGAAUUGGGCGCUGAUCGCAUUUACGCCGGACAGAUGGCGGUACUGGGCAACACGGCGGACGGCCCCACAAUCAAGCACAUGUGGGAGCAGGAGAUAAAGCAUAGAGAGCGGUUCGAGCAGUUGAUCAACGAGUAUAGAGUGAGGCCGACGGUGCUUACGCCGUUGUGGAAUGUGGCCGGAUUCGCGCUUGGCGCUGGCACAGCACUCCUAGGCAAAGAAGCGGCGAUGGCCUGCACCGUAGCCGUGGAGACAGUCAUAGUGGACCACUACAACGACCAGCUGCGGACCCUGAUGGAGGACCCCAACGUGGACAGGGAGAUACUGAAGACGAUCACCAAGUUCCGUGAUGAGGAACAGGAGCAUCACGAUACAGGGAUAGACCACGGAGCUGAGCAGGCGCCAUUUUACAAAGCUCUGACUGAAGUAAUCAAGGCCGGAUGUAAAGUGGCCAUCGCAAUCUCCAAGAAGAUAUAGUUAAUGAGUCGUAGUUAGAACAAUAUAGUAUUUUUUUU